UAAAUUUUUCAUAGUGCAAAAUUGUUUCCUCCAUUCCAUUUGAUAAGCUCAUUUACUAUCCAAAGUUAGGUUUCAGAAGAGUGAUAAUUAUUUUCUGUGCUUUUAGUUCGUCAUGACCGAAAUUCAACAAUUUUACACUGAUCAAAGUAUAUUUAUCACAGGUGGUACAGGAUUUUUGGGUACACUUCUUAUUGAAAAACUGCUUCGAUCAUGUCCAAAGUUAAAAACUAUUUACAUUUUAGCCAGACAAAAAAAAGGAAAACAAAUUCAAGAUCGUGUUAAAGAAAUGACUAAUUUACAGAUAUUUGAACCUCUGAGAGCAAUAGAUCCAAAUUUUGAAAAAAAACUUGUACCAAUGUCCGGUGAUUUAAUGAAACCUAAUUUUAAACUUUCUGACAAAGAUUUAAAGAUAAUACAGAAAGAGGUUUCGAUUGUAUUUCAUGUAGCAGCAACAACAAGAUUCGAUGAACUUUUAAAGAUUGCACUACAAGUGAAUGUUGAUAGUGUGAAAACUAUGCUAGACAUCUGCAAAGAAUGCAAAAAAUUAAAGGCUUUCGUUUAUGUCUCAACAGCAUUCAGUAAUUGCAUUUAUGAGCAUAUUGAAGAAAAAGUAUAUCCAGCCCCAAUGUCGCAUGAGGAUCUAACCAAUCUUGUCGGUGUCAUGGAUGAAUUAAAUAUGUCCGAAGAAGAAGAAAUCGAAUUUACCAAUUUAAUUAUUGGCAAGUAUCCCAACACGUAUUGUUUCUCGAAAUCAAUUGCCGAAAAUGUUGUUAGUAAAUAUGCGAAAGAACUUCCAGUUUCCGUUUAUAGAUUUUCAAUUGCUCUAGCUGCACUAAAAGAACCUUUAGAGGGAUGGUUGGAUCCAAAGCAAGCAAUAACUCAGACAUUAAUACGAAUAGGUUUAGGCAUUAUUCGAGUGAUAUAUGUAAAUAGUAAUGCAACUAUGGAAACAGUACCAAUUGAUUUUGCUUGUAAUUGUCUGAUUGCUUCUGCAUGGGAUACAUCAUCUUGUAAAAAGAAUAAACAAGAAAGAAUGCAAGUGUAUAACUACGUUUCCGGUAGAGACAAUCCAGUGACUUGGAGCUAUUUACGAAGUUACCUUCGAACUCAUCGAUAUACAUUAGCAUUGAAGAAGACAUUCUAUUAUCCUGAUACAUUGUUUAUUAAAUCCUUGUAUUUAUUUUUUAUUUUCCACUAUAUAUUGCACUUUAUUCCAGCUAUUUUAGGAGAUGUAUUUUUAAUAGUACUAGGAAGAAAACCAAUGUUGUACGAAGUUUUUAAAAAAGGAACAAAAUUGGUAUGGGUUAUAAGUUUUUUUACAAAUGGAGAAUGGAUAUUUGACACAGACAAUGUUAAAUCGUUAUGGAAAAAACUUUCUGAGAAUGAUAAGAAACUGUUUAAUUUCGACAUCACAUCAUUUACUUGGGAUGUGAUGAUAAGAACUAAUUCUUAUGGAAUUAAAAAGUUUCUUAUGGACAAGAAUAUAGAUGCUGAUGUGCAAAAGAGAACUAUGCGUAAAAUAAAGAGGUUAUUCUACGUUCAUCAAGUUGUUCGGGGUACAUUCUAUGCCUCUGUCUUGUGGCUUUGUUGGAAAAUUUAUAGCUUACUAUUCAAUAGAUUAUAACUACAAUGUAAUUUAUUAUGCAUAAAUAAUAUUAUUACUUCUUGCA